AUGCUCCACGACAGCCUCCCUCUCUACAUGCCAGAAGGAGUCGGAGAGCCAGUGGCUCCCGACGCCUUUCAUAUUCAUCUUGCUUCCCCUGGACCAGGCCAACUGUUUGACCUUGUCCUGAAGGCGCCUCCCGAGUGUUGGGAGUCACUCCACAUCACUCUGGGAGAAGAAGAUCCUUCGCCUUCCUUCAUUGAAGACAUCUUUGUCGAACGGCAGUUCCCCAACCUCCGCGAGCUGGUGAUCGAUGAAGAGCCCCUGAACAACGAAGGAAUGUACGAUUUGAACAUCAAACGGGACCCGUAUACAUCUUUAUACCAAUCCCUUUGCUUCACCACCACCCACCGCUUCAAAACCAUCAACAUCAACGCUGAUAUCAGAGGAGAAGCGUCAGCAUAUGGACUUUUUGGCCACGCAAUGUCCAACGUGGGUGGAUCUAUUCCAUUCAUUCGAACUGCACUUCUCGCAGCGGCCGGCUCGUCGGAAUGGAGAAUGGCGUCGAGCCUCACGUCCAACAUCUCAGUUCGUAAAUACCACUACUCGCACAUCGUCUCGCUUGAUCUACACUCCUGGGACGCAGAUGUCGUCGAGAAACUUUCCCUUCCCAAUCUCCUCUAUCUCCGCGUCGAGCAUUGCCACCUAGAAAGGGAUCAAACGUUUCGCAAGGUCGACGACUGCAGGCCGGCACUCCUGAUGCCGACUGUCGUUCAACUUCGCCUCACCAGCCAUUCUUUGACCAUGCUCUCCCAGAUUUGUGCCGGUAAUCUGGAGCUGUUGAUCAUUGAAGACAAGAAGGGAAUGGACAGAUUCGAUGGAUGCUUACCGGCCUCAGUGCAGACUCAGCCCACUCCACCACUACCAACCAUCCCCACCAGGGCAGGGCCACGUCCACGCCGGGUCACAGGUUGGAACCCGGUCGAGGGAGAAGGCACUUCUACUUUCACAGUACACUCUCAAGAGAUGAUUGGUUCGUCUCCAGCGGCACCGUGGCCCAAUCUACCGAAUUAUCCAACACGGGACAGAUUUCCCUAUAGGGAACUUCAACCCAGGGGCAGUGGUAUGACGCCAAAUAGCGUGGUCGAUGUGAGCAACUAUUCUACCACGUCCAGACCGUACAUCCCAUUCGAGAAACUUGCUUCAAACACACAUCUCGGUACCUUUCAGGUUGACAAGUGGAGCGUUCUCAACAUCGAAACCGCGACGUUUCGUGUUCCACUAGAAAUCCAAAGCCUUUUGGAGUUUCUGCGGAACGCACGUAGCUUGCGCCGGUUGACCGUCACGGUCCCUUCUUUUCUUCCGCCUGACGGGCUCAAGGAGUGGAAGCGGGAAUUUGUGGAAAGAAUGAUGGACAGGCAGUAUAUAUUCCCUCUUGGACAGCGAUACCCUGAUCGCCCACUCUUUUGUUGCCCUCAGCUCGAAGAACUGACGUUGCUGAUUGACGGUGUUUGGAUUGACGGCGAAUGGACAACUGAACUGAAGAACCUCAUGGCCGAACGUGGAUAUCACAACGCUGUCACGGGAGAAAACGAGAAACUAGGACGAGGAGAGGGCCACUUGAGAAGUAUCGUCUGCCACUGGUCACAGGACCCUUGGCUCGUAAAGGCACACUUCCCUCCACCGACCUACUCAACGCAUCAGGUGCAGUCCGAGGGCCCGCAAAGACGAUCCUGCGCAUCCGAAGAAUCAUCAUACUACGAACAGAGCCGACAUGCGGAGCAGCUUGAAGCAUAUGAUGGCAUUACUGAUCUACAGCCAGUGGACAACUACAUUCCGCCGGCUCUCCCUCUGUCACCAGAUUGUCCUCCGUCCCUCCCUCUAUCAUCAGAUAGUCCUCCUCCCCUCUCUCUGUCCUCGGGUGGCAUAGAGACGGCAAGCGAGCACUCUCAAGAGAUGCAAGAUCUGCCAGAAAUGGUCGUCUGGUCGUCUUCCGAAUUUGAAGUUCUUUCGGAUAGCGACUUUUCUCACGUAGGAGGGACGCUGUCAAGGGCCGAAAUCACAGAUGAUUCAGAGGACUAUGUCAUGGCUAGAGAAGGCGAGGUCGACACGGAUAGCGAUGAGGACUGGCUCGAGCGGUAG